AUGCGAGAAGCCAUUUAUCGAAAAACCGGGCUUUUGCUCUUCCCUACCCAAAUAUUUGGAGGAAUAGUUUUGCACUAUGGCAAUAUUGCCCAAAUGAACACGGGGGAGGGAAAAACUCUCACUGCCUUUUUGCCAAUUUGCCUUAAUUCCCUCUUAGGAAGAACUGUUUUUGUCAUUACCGAAAAAAAGCAAUUAUAUAAUGAUUGUACCGUUAUAUACACUACUGGCAGCGAGUUAGGAUUUGACUAUUUACGCAAUAAUUUAAUAACUAGUAUUGAGGAAGCAAAAAAACAAGACUAUUAUUAUGCCAUUGCGGAUGAAAUUGAUUCGCUUUUUAUUGAUGAAUGCACUAAUCCUCUCAUCAUUUCCCAACGAUCCCGAGGAGGAAAUGUUAUUAGUCCUGCUGAAUAUCAGUUAGCCACUAAACUAGCCAACUCCUUGAUCGAAAAAAAGGAUUAUAAAGUUGACCAAAAAGAAAAUGAUAUUUGA